UUGACGCCAGUUUUCGAAGCCCCACAAUCCGAAAGUCUUCUGCUUAAACGUUCAAAGGUUUCGAAGCCUGAAUCAGAGCCUGAGUUCUUCGAGGAGCAGCGUGAUAUGGAGGACUUACGGAAACAGGCAUUCCCUGUUGGAACAGAGUGGCACCAGCUUGACUCGCUCUCUGAAUACAAAUGGAAUUUCUCAAAUCUUGAAGGUGCAUUUGAAGAGGGUGGGGUAUUACAUGGGAAGAAAGUCUACCUUUUCACAUGUACAGAGCCACAAUUACUCUCAUUUCAUGAUCAAACAAAAGUGAUCUGCAUACCUGUAGUGGUUGCAGUUGUAUCUCCAUUUCCACCUUCUGAUAAGAUUGGAAUUCAAUCUGUUUAUAGAGAGUCUGAAGAAAUUCUUGACAUGAAACAGAUGAAAAUGGAUUGGGUUCCAUAUAUUCCAUUAGGAAAACGGGGUUCUUCAAUUGAAAGAGUCAAAUCUCAAAUCUUUAUUCUAAACUGUGUCCAAAGAAGGAAUUUGUUAGGGAAAGGGUUAGAGAAGGAAAAAGAGCUAAUCGUGAGGCAAGAGAAAAGAGGAAAAAUGCUCGAGUGGCAAUGAGCGAAGAGAAAAAGGCUGCAUUUGAAAACAUCAAAUUUUAUAAAUUCUACCCUGUUACCACACCCGACACUCCAGAUGUCUCAAAUCUUAAGUCUCCAUACAUUAAUCGGUACUAUGGAAAAACAUAUCAAGUAUAUUGACCAGAAUACCCUUGAGAACGCGACUGCAAGAUUUUUGUAGCUCUAGGAAUAUUUAAAUUUAUUGAGUCUUACUUUGGGCAUCAAAGAACAAGUUCAUUUUCAAUGCGGAUUGGACCUUCAUCUUACCUUUUUUUUUUUUAUGGAAUUAAUUAAAUGCAUUUUAUAACUUGUA